GGAUGAUGAGCGGUGCGCUUGAGCCCCCUGGUAAAGUGGCGUUUCGGAGAACGUAUUCUAGCAAUUCUAUCAAGAUCAGAUCGGUUGAGGUUGGGCCGUCGAGUUUUUUGAAAGUCAAGUUGCUUGGAAAGGGCGAUGUGGGACGUGUAUACCUCGUUCGGGAGAAGAAAUCGGAUAAGCUCUAUGCAAUGAAAGUAUUGUCAAAGCGAGAGAUGAUCCAACGCAAGAAGAUAAAGCGCGCGUUGACCGAACAAGAAAUCUUAGCUACUGCCAAUCACCCGUUCAUAGUGACUCUAUACCACUCGUUUCAAUCGGAGGAAUAUCUAUAUUUCUGCAUGGAGUACUGUAUGGGAGGCGAGUUCUUUCGUGCACUGCAGACGCGUCCUGGCAAAUGCCUUCCAGAAGAUGGAUCAAGGUUCUACGCCGCAGAGGUAGUGGCUGCACUAGAGUAUCUGCAUCUGAUGGGCUUUAUCUACCGUGAUUUGAAGCCAGAAAACAUCUUACUGCAUCAAUCCGGGCAUAUAAUGUUAUCGGACUUUGAUCUGGCUAAGCAGUCUGGUAAACCAGGAGGAUUGCCAGCGAUGAUUCAUCAGACGGAGCCAAACGGGAUUCCGAUGAUUGAUACUAUGUCAUGUACAGCUGACUUUCGGACAAACUCUUUUGUCGGGACCGAAGAAUACAUUGCGCCAGAGGUGAUCGCUGCGCAGGGACACACGGCCGCUGUAGACUGGUGGACUCUCGGCAUACUAAUCUACGAAAUGAUUUACGCGACGACGCCAUUCAAAGGCAAAGAGCGUAAUGACACGUUCGCUAACAUUGGCUUAAUUCCCGUGCAUUUUCGGGAUACGCCAAAAGUCUCUAGCGCAUGCAAGGAUGUGAUCACUCGACUGUUAGCCAAGGACGAACGGACUCGGCUGGGGAGCAAGAGUGGCGCGAGCGAGGUGAAGCAGCACAAGUGGUUCGGCAAGAUCAAUUGGGGAUUGUUGCGGAAUACGCGGCCACCGAUUGUGCCAUCGUCGUCGUCUAACGGACUCGAUGCGGUGAAUUUCCGGCAUUUGAAGGAGUCUCACUCGCUACAUCUCGAGGAACAGGAGGGGGGAGGAUGGCCGCCUUCAGGGCCUGGAACACCUGGUGAUGAUGGGAUGGAAGUGCCGCCGGAUGUUGUCGAUCUGUUUGGAGGGUUCAACAGUGUCACGCUGCACUAUGAUGGGGAGAGCUGAGCGGAAAUGGCAUGUUCUUGCGGUUGUCUGCUGGAGCACAGGGCAGAUGUGGCUCUUCCUCGUGGAUGGAUUUUUGGCAUUGUUUUUUCUGAUUGGUACUGCAUCAUUUCUUCAUAAUCUCUCUGCUUUCGAUAGACAUUUGUUUCCAUUUGGGAGACUCUGGGAGUUGUUCAGUGUACUAUUUGCGAUAUCAUGAGCGGAGCUCCGGUGACGGACCGGGCCGCGCCGGUUGUUCACACUACGAGUUGACAGUGCGGAGGAGAGGGAAGAUAAGAUUUACGU